CCACGGGUCACCGCCACCUUCACUAUGUCCAGUGUUCUCGCUCGCUCAGCUCAAAGUGUGACUGCACAUUGUGCUGCUUCAAGGUGCUGCACGGCAGCUCACAUUGCUCAAUAUAUCUGUACCUCUUAUCCGAUAAGACCACAGGAAGGCGGGUUAGUAGUGUUCAGACUGCGAGGAUGGGUUCACCCACAGCCAACUAUCCAGCUGUUCCGAAGUCUGACGUGCCACUGCGCAGGGUGAAGUCGCUCACUCGAGACUCUUCCCCCACGUCCUCACGCGUGCUGGGAUGUGGUCUCAUGGCGUGCGUCCUGCUUCUACCUUUGUUCCUCUGGGCUACUUCUUCGAAAUCCCCGUCAGCAAGUCAAGAUUCCAUGAUGACCACCGUCGUGACGUAUUCGAGUGGUUCAGAGGCUGCCCGUCAUGGAGCGCGAAUGUCAGCAGAGCAACCGCUUCUGCGCGCACACGUUCCUCAGAUGGAGCGGGUGGCCAGCCUCACAGAGUCCCAGGGAGGCUUUCCCAAUCAGGCGGAGGUAUCUGAGGCGGAGCAGGCGGUCGUGCAGGAAGCGGGCGACACGGACGGCGUCACAGGCGACGAGGGCAGCUCCGCCACGGAUGGCGGCGGCGAACUGCUGAUUCGAGACGCAUCGUCGCCGUCGCGCAAGGCGGACGGAGGGGAGGCGGCGAUGAAGGGGGAGCGUGAGAACCCCUCGCUGUCGUCGCGUCAGAGCGGGUCAGACGGCGAGGCAGAAGGGGGUGCGGAGAGGACGCGGCAAGGCAGGGGCGAGCCCGAACUGGACGAUCGCGAGCGGCACGCAGCGCCGUCGGGCGGCGGGAUGGCGUCCAAGGCCGGUGGCGUGGCGGUAUUGGCGGCGUCGGACCAGGUGGCGGCGGCGAAGCGCGAGUCGUACAUGGGCAUGAUGGCGGACCUCGUCGCGCAGGUCGCCGCUGUGCUGCCCGACGCCGAGAAGCGCGGCAACGCGCAACUCGUCAAGCACGUGCGCGCUGCACUAGAGCGCGCGGAGUCGCUGGUGGAGGCGUGGAAGGGCGCGCGGGUGUGGGGCGGCGAGGAGAAGGCGAUCGGCGUGAUCAAGGUGCUGGAGUCGCUGAGGGCGCGCGCGCAGGAGUGGCGCAGCACGCUGGCGCUGAUAGAGCGGCUGCGAGGCGAGGUGGAGAAGGCGAAGGCGAAGCUGAAAGCCGUGAGCAAGGAGCGCAACAAGCUCGACCUCGCCGCCGCCAAGGCGCUGCCCAAAGCGCUGCACUGCCUCAACCUCCGACUUGCUGUGGCGUAUGGUAGCAGUGAGGAGUUCAAGGCGAUAACGAGGGCGCGAGAGAGCAAGCAGGCGAGGAGGUUCGAGGACCCGUCGCUGUACCACUACGCACUCUUCUCAGACAACGUGCUGGCCGUGUCCGUCGUUGUCAACUCCACGCUGCAAAACGCCCAGCACCCAGAGAAGCACGUGUUCCAUGUGGUGACGGACGAGAUGAACCUGCCGGCCAUGCGUGCAUGGUUCGCCCUGCACCCGCCGGGCGAGAUGGCUGUGGAGAUCAAGGCGGUGGAGCACUUCCCCUUCCUCAACGCGUCCUACUGCCCCGUGCUGCAGCAGCUGCAGGCCACCAGCCUCAAGGCCUUCUACUUCUCACAACAGGCUGCUGAAGACAAGAAGCGCGCGUCUAGAGGGGCGUCCGCGGAGGCGACAGCGGGCCCAACGCAGCUCAAGUUUAAGAACCCCAAGUACCUCUCCAUGCUCAACCACCUGCGCUUCUACCUGCCCGAGAUGUACCCAUUGCUGCGCCGAGUGGUGUUCCUUGACGACGACGUGGUGGUGCAGAGGGACCUGGCGCCGCUCUUCGCCCUGCCCCUGCACGGCAACGUCAACGGCGCUGUGUUCACGUGCCGCGAUGGGGACGACUUCCACCGCCUGCACAAAUACCUCAACUUCCACCACCCCUACAUCGCCGCGCACUUUGACCCCAACGCUUGUGGCUGGGCGUACGGCAUGAAUGUGUUCGACCUGCACGCGUGGCGCCAGCACAACCUCACUGCGGUCUACCACAGAUUCCAGACCAUGAAUGCGGGGCGGGCGCUGUGGCAGCUGGGAUCGCUGCCCCCAGGGCUCAUGACAUUCUACAACCGCACACAAGCGCUGGACGUGCACUGGCAUGUGCUGGGACUGGGGUACAACAAGGAGGUCGCCCUGGAGGACGUGCAGGGUGCUGCCGUUGUGCACUACAAUGGCAACUGGAAACCAUGGCUGGAUACUGCAAUGAAGCAAUUCAGACCAUUCUGGCUGGCAUAUGUGACUGCAAACGACGGCAUUAUACAAAGGUGCAAUGUAGAUCUGAAGAGCUGAGGUAAUUGAACACCGGACGCGUGAAACAGGAUACCUUAUAAGGUGUCCUAGGACUGGUGGUGAUGUCAAGCCUAGGAGCCAAGUGCCACUUGUUUCUGUCGAGGGGAGAAGCUUGUACAUACUGUCGCAAUUACAGUACUCCAGGGCUUCCCUCCAGCCACUGCCAGUAAAUGUGAUUUUAGUGCUUGUCAUCCCCUUUUCCUUUGAUGCGCUGGUCCCGAUAUGAGGUACUCUGUAGCCCAAGAAC